GUCCAGGUCCAGUUGGGUUAAGUCCGUAGUUGUCAGUUGAUAGUUUGGUACACUUUACGGACCAUUUCUGAGUUCUAACUGAGACACUGUGUAUGGUGUGUGGCGUUCCUUUCUUGAGUUUCUUCCAUUGACCAAUAUUGAAUAUUUUAACUAAAAGUUAAAAUUUAUCGUUUUUAUAUUUCUAAUUACAAUACAAUUAAUGGCACCCAGAAGACGUAAUCAAAAGCGGAAACACAAAGCUACACAAGCAAAUACAAAAAAUGACAGUUUAGCAACUAAACGAGAAGAUUUCUUAUGGACCAAUGAACGUAAAAUUGCAUUGUUUCAGUGCAUGAUUAAACGGAAACCGGCUGGAUUACUUAAGCAUAUCAAUAUGCAUUUCAUUAAAUCUCAUCUCAGUGAACGUCUUAAGAUGGAUGUACCUAUUAAAGAAAUUUGGAGUUUUCUUCAUACUCAUUGGAAUAUGGAUGAAGUUGAUAAAAUAGAAUACCAAUCAACGAUAAUGGAAAAAAAAGAUUUUGAACUACCCCAAACUGAAGAGUGGAUAAAUUUAAUUAAAGAACAAGGAGCCUUAAUAAAUGCCAAUAAUACAAAUACAGUGGCCUGCACAAUUGCUAAAUUUCAUUAUGUGGUGGCACAUCAACAGAGAAAUAUAUUAUUCCCAUACUGGCCAUAUUCAAUUUUGUGAAAGUAAUAAUGGAUCUAUAUAUCUUUACAGUAUUAUAAGAUUAAGUUUUAGCUUAUUAAUAAUUAAAUUUAGUUAUUUUAGGUAUUCAGGUAUUACCUAUAUUAAAAUUUUUGUAUAUUAAAUGUUGAGUUUAAAUAUAGUUAUAUUAUGUAGCUUGUAAUUGUUUUUAUUUAUGCAAGACUCAGUUAUAUAAGAAUCAAGCAUAAUAUAGACACUGUUUAAAUAAAACCUACUUUAAAUUAGUGAUCAACUUAAACUAUGAAUAUGGUACUGUUUAAAUUAAUUAAAAUUUUAGAAUUUAAAAUGUAUAAUCA